CUCAGAGCAGCCGGACAAGAAAAGACGGAGGGACGUUUCUGGAGCUUAUCGCAGGAAACACGCCACCGAAUUCCGAACAGAACUGCUCUGACGAGUAUCCAUGUAGUCAACUUUUACAUAAACUCUCGGGCAUAUGGGGGGAUGUGGGAGUCCUAUCUGAGACCCAGAGGCACACGCUGACCAAUGACGAGAGAGUUUUUCCUGCUACAACACCCUACCGGCUCCACUGAGAUGUCCCCAGGAGAACUGAUCUGUGGAUGACAGUGUGAGCCAGUGGAAUUUAACGCUCGGGCCAAGAUAUCCUCACACAGAGCCAAAAAGAAACCUGUUCUCAUUUAUUAAAAAAAAACAAAAAAAACAGACUCGCUCCCGAUCAACCGUUGCCAUGCUGAUGCCAGGACCACUGUGGGUGUGCCUGGCUCUGAUAUGGGUGAGAAGUUGCAGUUCCCACAGUCUGUUUACCUGUGAGCCUAUCAGAGUGCAUCGGUGUUUGGGGAUGCCCUACAACAUGACCUUCUUUCCCAACAUGAUGGAGCACUAUGAUCAGGAUAUUGCAGCCAGUAAUAUGGAGCCAUUCAUGCCCCUGGCAAGCCUGCGCUGCUCUCCGGACGUCCACCACUUCCUGUGCCAGGCCUUUUUCCCAGUAUGCACCGAAGAGAACAACGUGAUCCGUCCAUGCAGAGAGGAGUGUGAGGCUGUUCUGUCCGACUGCGAGGAAGAUAUCCGCGUCUUUGGUGUCACCUGGCCUCCUGAGCUACAGUGUGACAAGCUGGAGACAUGCAGCUUAUCUGAUGGUUCUGUGCUUUCUCCAACCACUCCAACGAUCUCCUCAUCAUCUAAGAGAGACCUUGGUUUCUGGUGCCCCCUGCAGCUAAAGACCAAGCCUGGUCAUGGCUCUUCAUUCCUGGGUGCCCAGGACUGUGCUCCACCUUGCUCCAACAUGUACUUCAAACCCCAUGACAUUGAAUUUGCCAAGAGUUUCAUUGGCGUGUGUUCCAUCAUCUGCCUGGGUGCUACGCUCUUCACCUUCCUCACUUUCCUGAUUGAUGUAAAGCGUUUCCGCUACCCAGAACGCCCCAUAAUCUUCUACGCCGUCUGCUACAGCUUUGUCUCGCUCAUAUACUUUAUUGGUUUCCUGUUGGGGAACAAUGCAGCCUGCAUCAAAGCAGCCCAUACUACUAGCGUGGACACAGUGGUGCUGGGCUCUCAGAGCAAAGGCUGCACUCUACUUUUUAUGCUUCUCUACUUCUUUUCCAUCGCUGGUAUUGUCUGGUGGGUCAUACUCACCAUCACGUGGUUCCUGGCUGCUGGACCCAAGUGGAGCUGUGAGGCCAUUGAGAAGAAAGCGGUGUGGUUCCACUCUGCUGCCUGGGGUAUCCCCGGCGCACUCACCGUCAUGCUGCUGGCUCUGAACAAGGUUGAAGGAGACAACAUCAGUGGAGUUUGCUUUGUGGGGCUCUACGACCUGGACGCACUGCGCUACUUUGUUAUUGCUCCGUUGUGUGUCGGCGUCAUAGUCGGCCUCUUCCUCAUCUUGGCAGGUAUCGUUUCUCUGAACCACGUCCGGCAGGUCAUCCAGCACGACGAGCGCAACCAGGAGAAGCUGAAGAAAUUCAUGAUCCGCAUCGGUGUGUUCAGCUGCCUCUACUUGGUCCCACUGGUCACCCUGUUAGCCUGCUAUACCUACGAGCAGAGUCACCGCAGCACCUGGGAGAACACCUGGAUCAACGACCGCUGUCAGGAGUACAGCAUCCCCUGCUCCUACAAGACUACGGAACACGACCGUCCUGACCUCUCCCUGUUUCUGGUAAAAUACUUGAUGACACUCGUGGUUGGAAUAUCUGCAGUGUUCUGGGUCAGUAGCAAAAAGACCUGCUCUGAAUGGGCCUACUUUUUCAACAGGACCCGCAAGAGAGAUCCUAUCAGUGAGAGCCGCCGGGUGCUUCAGGAGUCCUGCGAGUUCUUCCUUAAGCACAACAGCCGCGUCCAGCACAAGAAGAAGCACUACAAGCCCAACUCCCACAAGCUCAAGGUGAUCUCCAAGUCAAUGGGCACGAGCACCGGCCUUGUACCCACCAACAUCUCCACCACCACCAACCAAGGCACCUCUGCGCUGGGAAACCAUGAGCACCACAUGCAUGGCUCCCUGUCUGAGGCCUCGGCCAGGGAGCACCUGGACCGAGGCACCUCCAGCCGAAGCUCCAGGAGGGGGGAGAGAGAGAGGGAGAGGGAAGGGGGAGAGAGACGCAGCAAAGGGGGGAGCUCCAGUAAGAUUAGCAGCCGCUCAGAAAGCAUGCACAGAGUUGCAGACGGGAGGAUGACUCCAAAGAGCGAGUUGUCAGAGAACAGGCCACUUCCCAUUGGACAGCAGCUGCAGCAUCCAACUUUAAAUCUAUCACACACCAGCGGACUGCAAGACUCCGCCCACCAGAUGGUGCGCCAGGUGCCUGAGGAGAGCAAGGACCCAAAGGACAGCAGCUGUUGACAUGUCUGACCUCCCAAAUUUAUCUGUUCAUCCAUCCAUCUAUGAUACAGUCACACUUGAUGCUGGUGGAUGUGUGCUUACUGUGUUAUGAUUUUGGUUACAUUACAGUCAGUGAAUGUUCAUUGCCAGCCAGUUGUAAUAUAUCCGAGUAUUUCAAAUGUAGCAUGUUGGACCAGAAUCCGUGGGUUUUCAUUGAGAUUUUAAAGGUUUUUGAUGUUUUAGUUGUUUGGGUAGCGGCUGUGUUUUCCAGCUUUACUGAGGUUUUAGCCUGAAUGUUGCAGAUGCACAGCUGUAUCCCAACCAUACAGCUACCAAUGUUCACUUCAUGUCAUGCAUGCAUUAGGUCUACUGUUUCAUAGGUUGAUAGUUCAAUGACAUAUGAUGUAUGCUAGUACACAAACACUAUAUUUAUGUAAAUAUUAUUUUUUAUAGUAGAAAUUAAGUUUUUUAAUGGACUAGUCGCGACACUGAGAGUUUUGUUAGAAAGGUCAUGAUAUUGCCAAACAUUCAACCGAAGGAAAGCCUUCCUGUGGUAAACUGAUUGUGAAUGUCUUACUGUUCUCCCUGGAAAUAUGGUUUAAAGUCUCAUCUGGUAAUACACAUUAUGUGCCACUUUUCUUUUGCUCCUUAAACUUGAUAUUAGUUGAUUUUUAGAGAUUUUGAAUAUAUGAUUUUUUUAAUUUUAUUUUUUUUAAGCUUUCUUUAAAGAUAUGUUCUCAUUUUAUGCUUAUUCCUGACUUGUUCCUGCUGUACAAACCCAUUUUGUGCUGCGGCGUCUUCAAAAACAUGUCCUGUGGAUUCGGGCUAAGUACUGCUUUGUAGUUUUCUAAAAGAAUGUGCCUCUUUUUCCAAAAAAAAAAAAAAAAAAAACUUUUACAUGUGUGAUGCUGUAUGUUCACAGACUUUGAAUCGAAUUGAGGAAACCAAUCAAACAGGAUUUGCACUAUUUAUCAUUACAAGCACAAACCACUAAUUAAUAAAUACAAAACAAAUAGAAAAUGAACAUUUGGGGAUUUAUUUUGGGGUUAUUUAUAACAUAUGGGUCACAGACCACGUAUCUGGACUUCAAGUACUUCCAGAACAACUUCUGUGAUUUAUUUGAAAGUAAAUCUUGUAAAGCUGUAAUGUCUGUUUUGCUGCAUAAGGAACUGAUUACCUUUUUGUAUUUGGGAGACACAGCACAAUUCCAAUAACACUAAUUAAAAGGGAAUCUUUA